GGUACAUGAGUUGCAACACCAACUUGAAAAUGGCGGCCAAAAAUCAAUUUUGAAUUGUGACAGCCGCGGCCGCAGUAGUAUCACCACAAAAUAAAUUAUUUAUCAAGUAAAUAAAGCGCGUUCCUGGUGUUAGCACGGAAAAGUGUUAGUCGUCUUUGUUCGUUAUAUGGGGCGUAACACUCUUUAUCUAUAAUUAGGUGCGAUAGUUGCAACAUAUGAUCGUAGUUACUAUAAUAGUCGAUGAUGUAAGAAACUGAAGGUCUCGGGUGGCUGUGAGUGCAUAGUUUUAUUGUUAUUGUCUUGAGGACUGUUUCAAGAGUUUUCGCCAUGGAGGGUGAAGAUGGGAGUGUGGGAAAUCCCGACAAAGAAGAUUAUGAGAGCAGUACUCAUUCAACCCCCCAAGAACACAGAUCUUUUGCGGAGUUCGCGAAAGACAAACUGGAUAGCGCUGGUCGUGAGCUCCGGCGCCGCCUUCCAAUGGCUGGCCAACUAGGUGCUCACCUCAUGCACCCUCGCCGUCUACUACUACAUUCCACCCCCACACAGCAUACCGAUGUUGUCUUAAUAUUUCCUAAAGGUCUCCCAGACAGUAUGCUGUUAUGGCUACUGCAGAAGUUGCGUGGUAGUAGACCACGUUUGCGGGUCUGCGUGCGACAACAUGCGUCUUCACAGUGUUCUGCCUUCUACAUUACCGCUGACGAUGAUCCUCCUCCAAACUGCCGAAGAAAUGCAUCUCCCCAAGCAGUUGAAGCCAGAAUUCGGUGGCGGUUACAAAGAGUUUACAGUUCGAGAUAUGCAUUGUUUUCAAAAGAAAAAAAAGUUACAGUUGAUUUAGGGAUAAAUAAAUUAGUCGGUUUAUUAAGACUAUGGAAUAUCACAUGCGUGUGCUUCUUCGCGAUCCUAAGGAACAACUCUAAGCAGGUAGACGAUCAGAUAAUCUGA